CUUAAUAUAUCAAUGUCCCCAGUAAUAUGCCGAUAUCAACUAUUGCUAGAGUCCCUCACUGUUGUUCAUUCUAAAAAUUGGUGGCCAAAUUCUUCUCCCAGGCUCAAAACCUCCGAUAAAUCUUGACAUUGGGCCAAAAUCCUAACCGAACCACAUGACAAACAGCGACAACCCAGCAUACAUCACCAUUCUGGCGGCCCUGUGUUAAGCUCAGCAUUCAGAAAAGAAAAAUCCGGCAGAGUCGGUCAUGGACGCUGAUGAUAUCAAUUUCAUCUCAGGGGGAACCUCAAACCUUGAUAUCAAUAAUGGACUCAAACAACCCCAACCUCUGGAUGAGUACGGGGAAGUACUUCGGCCAGCACCCCGGAUUCAUAGUUCGGGCGUCGUCGCUGUAGACAUCACUGACGUUUUCACUAAAGCUGCUGAGGGGCUUGAGGUUGGAGAACUCGUCAAAGAUGAGUAUUUUACUCUUUUUGAGUCAGUUGGUGCCAUAGAGAUCAUGGAUCCCAAAAUGGACACAGGGUUCCUUGCAGAGGGCGAGACUAUGGAAGACAGUUACGAUAUUUGGAGAGAGCUUUUGCCAGAGGAGUGUUUAGGAAUAAUAGAUCAGCUAUUAUGUCUUGAGAUGGCAUGGCAUAUGGGUCAUCCAUUGUCACAGACGCUAUUCACCAGCCUCUACAUUGAUAAGAUACUCACUUUAAAACUAGAAAACGUAGAAGAUCUUUCUUCUCCGGCCGAUUGCCCGAGUUUGACAGAGCCACUGACACUGAGGGUUCUUGUAGCCUACUGUCUAGCUAUUAUAAAGACAUGCUGGCACAUCAAUGAACGGGUCAAGUCAGAACAUUUCUAUGAAGAAGAAGAUUUCGUCACACACACAUACAAUAGGAGCCUUCUCGCGGAACUGGAUGAUGCAUCGAUCACCAAAUUUAUAGAUGUGACCAUACAUCUACUUGCAACUUCAGAUUCCAUGGAUCCUAGGGUUAAGGAUGCUCUGGUCCAAAGACUCAAAUGCCGAAAUUCUCUCCUGAAUACAGUUGGCGUAACAGAAGAUCGAUCGUCCGCGGAACCAUUGCUGUUAGCAUGGUCUACAACGCUCGAGCUUCUACCUGGUAUCAAGUCUGAGAGAGAGCUAGCUAAGCCAGUUCCAGACUCGUUCAGUGUGAAGUUGCAACGGAAGCUUGCGAGUACGGUGCCGCCACGCCCUGUGGUAACGAUUGCAUUCGACGAUGCAUAUCAGCAUCUAGAACGGCUGUGUAAAGACGGACUGGUGGUUUCCGAAGUCUUGGACUUUCAUGACACAAACAGCUUGAUGAAUUUUGUCAUUCUCUUUCAAAAGAGCAAACCCCAACCAUCGGUGUACAUACGCACUCUCCUUCAGCACUAUCUAUUUUGCCAGAUGGUUGUUCUCGGAAAGCUCUCCCUUCGGUCCGUCCUUGAUGAGGAUCUCGCGGCGCUCGUCCUUCCUGCCAACCCCCUCCUCGAUGCUAUCAAUGAUGAGAUCGAAGUUCCACAUGAUCCUCGCCACCAAAUGGCCCAACAUAUGGAAAUCUUCCGCAGUCGAGCCGCCCAAUCUUUCCUGGAUAUCCUGCGAGCUUUAUGUCAGAACCGCUGCCGCAUCAGGCGGACUCUUCACCAUACUAUUGUCGAUUGGGACACCUUACAGCUCGAUGCAGAAGAAAUCGACGCCGAACUACGCGAUUUCACCAAAGAGAAACCGAUUGUCGAUCCUGACUUUGGCCCAGAACCCAUCUACUCUUUCCCUCUGUCGAGCUGGAGUUACUAUUACAAGCUUAGACAGAUGGAAUGGCUCAUACAGAUGGGUUUUGAGCUCGAGGUAUACGCCGCCGAUGAGCUUGCCGGGAUGUAUUGGUAUCUCCACAACAUUUCACAAACAACCUUUCGGCACCUCCAGCGCAUCCGAGGUUUCCUAACAAAGGACUACGCCGAACUGCGUCGGGAUCCAAAGCAAGAGAAUUUCGCCACCAAAGACGAGGCAUUCGCUGCAACUAUGAGCCACGUCAAUAUUUCCAUGUUAAGCUCGUCCGCUAAGCAGGCAUUGGCUAAUUCGAUCGGCUGCCUAUACACAAUCCUCACGAGAUACAACUUAAUUCCUCAGACACCGCAUCCAUACAGUACAGAUGCGAUCCGGUAUGAGCAGCGGAUGAAGUCCUUCCUCGCCGUUUCUCUGCCGGAGUUCUUACCAUUCCCUGUUUUCCAAGAAGUCGUCUCACAGCCGCAGGAGUCAUCAGCUAACCUACUUGCGUUCGCUUCUGAUGCCGCGGCGAAGGCGAGGAAGGACUUCGAGUUAUUGAGCAAACUCGAUGCGAAGACCGCAAAGUGCAGGGGCAAGUGGUGUGAUGAGGCGUGGCAUAAUAACGUGAAGGCUGAGGUGAAGAGCUGUAUUAGUGUUAGUAUAACGCUGAUGAUGGUGAAGAGGGCCAUGGCCGCAGCAGAGAAGACGAAGUCAAAAACUCUGCAGUUGAAGGUAGAGAUUGAGUCCAGUGAGAAGGGAUACCAUGACUGGUGGGUGGUCCCGAAGGUAACGCCAAUGACAUAGAUAUAUUAGCCUCGUUUUUGUUUUAUAUAAAGCAUUCACAGGGUACACUAUACAGAAGGCAUAUUUGAAUAGGAUUUGAAUUCAUGAGAACUAUACGUAUACGUAAACAUUGGUGCAUAUUCCGGA